CUUGACAACAAGGUGGCAUGCUGGGAUGACAACGGAUAGUGUCGGAUCAUGCUGUUGCAUUUCUGGAGCAGUGUGUCAGUGUGUUUGAAAGCAUGUGCAUGUGGCCUGCAUCUGGACGCUGUUAAUUCUACUUAAUCCUUUUUUUGCUGUCAGCCAGCCAGCCUUGUGUUCAAGCCCAUGUAGUGUGUCACUCAUCUUCUAACAGAAUGCACGCAAACCCAUAAUGUCUUGUUAACGUGGAAUGAUCACAAAUGCUGCUCGUGUUAAGGCAACUUCAAUAGUGGAAUACAACUUUUGCCUUUCACUGAGCUCAACUUGGAUGACUUGAGCAACGAUGAUGUGAGCUGCUCUGGCAUGCUGAAGACUGCUAUUGGCCUGCCUCCUCUUCAGGCUCCCACAAUGGAUGCAUUUACUCACCAGAGGAGGCCAAUGACUCGCUCCUGCAGUUUAGUGGACACACAAACUGGGAGUGCCACUUUUCACACAUUAACCCAGACGUCAGACCAGCAACAGCAAGGGAAGAGGUCGCCACGGCAACGACGUACAACCGUUGCAUCAUGUGUUCCCAAAUCUAAGGACCAGAAUGGAAAAUUCCCCGAGAAGACUGUGAACAGGCAGGAGGCCAAAUCUCUCAGGGAGCGAAACACAAAUGAGAUGUGCCAGUGGUUCACAAGCAUUGGACUGCAAAAAUGUCUCCCUUUCAUCCAAGAGGCAAAUUUGUGUGGAGCAGACAUAGCAGCAAUAGAUGUCGACAUCCUGGACACCCUUCACAUCAACACGCUAAAAGACAAGGAGCAGCUCCUGUCUGCCAUAUAUAAUGAGCUGCACCCACCCAGCAAUUCUGAAUUCUUCGGCUAUAAUCAUGUCGAAACGUUCAUGCCAAUGAUCAAAUCCAAGUCCGCCCCACACGUCAACUGUCUGAGCAUGAACCGACCGUCCCUUAAAAUAAGACACAACAACCAAAACUCCAUGGCACAAAGGUUACAGUUGAUCGAGGUGACUAUUAAUGCAUCAGAGCGAAUAUUGCACCUCAGAACGCCAAAAGAAACAACAGUGGGCAAAAUAAUGGACUCCUGUCUCAGAAUGUUGGGAAUGACCGAUGACAGAAGCCUUUUCUCACUGAAAGAGCAGAGAGAAUCCACGGCUGAGCUCUCCCAGGAUCAGCAGAUUGGGACUCUGCUGACAACAUUGUCUGACAGGCAGCUGGAGCUACAUUUGUCUAAAAGGAAUACCGCUACCCAAAAGAGUCCAGAAGCCAAAAGCUCUACUGGAAUGCCAAAGGAGGAGAGAAUCAAGGAGCUGAACCUGCAGGUGGAGUCACUACAAAAUGUCAUCCUCCAGGUGCAGGAACUCCACCUAGACCUGGUAGCAUUUUGCUCGGAGUUGAAGAAUUCAGACGGAGAUGGGAAUUUAGAAAUGCUUGGUUCAGCUGAGCUGGAGCAGAAACUGGAACUGCUCCAAAGGAGACUGAGCGACAAGAAGCAAAGUCUUCAGACCCUCCGAGAUCACAUCAACAACCCUGCUGCUCACAGGAAGAAACAGCUGGAUGUUCGUCUUUUGGAGAAAAUGAAGCUCAACUGCCAGGUGUUUAAAGAGGAAAUCUCCAUGGUGCAUCUCAACCGACAGGUGGCACAUCUCCAAAAUGUCCUGCAGGACAGUUAUAUGAAGGAGAAAGCCCAGAGAAAGAAAAUGACCAUUGGUAACUUGAGCCAGCUGGUGUCACCACAGUCUCCCGCCAUGCUGCUGGUCUUCCAGGAGUGUUGCGGACCGGAUGGCUGCUAUGGCUUUACAUGUCGCUACGCAGAAGGCAGUGGAUUAGUGGUUGUCGCGGUGGAGAACUCGCAACUCUGUGUGAAUGACAGACUUGUGGAGGUGAAUGGAUCACCAGUGGUCAACUCGACAGAAGAAGACCUGAAUGACCUUCUUUUUCAGCUCACCAACGCUCAGAUUAUUGUGCUUCGCCAGCCCCCUUUGACCGUUACCUCACAUCAACCCCCUCCUAUCCUGCAGCACGUGGUUAACCCUAAUCCCCUGCAAGCAGAGAGAGAUGUGAUUGCCAUGGAAACUCCAUCACUGUGCAGGCUAAUGGCCAUCUGAUGAGAUGACAAUGGGUUUUUUUGUGGAUGAACACAACAAAUAGUGAGACGAUCAAACUCAAAACUGAUGAAAAUGGUGGAAAGACUUUAUUACCGGUAAUUUCAUCUGGAUUUAAUCUAGCAAUUUUGGUUGAUUAUGUACUGACAUUUCUUCUAUUAUGGAACGAAUAUUAUUGCUAAUUGUAGUUACAACCUAAAGGUCUUGUGAUAAUGUUACAGUGUUUGGUAAACUUUGUGGACUUUCCUGAAAAUUCCGGAAAAUAUAUAUACUGUGUAUAUAUGUAUAUAAUUUUAACUGAUUUAUCAGGUUUGUCUACCUUUCUGAUAUAGUCGGACAAAAAAAUCUCCGUUCAAGUUCUU